AUGGCUACAAGUGAAGAAAAUGGUGCGGAGGCUUCUAUAAUAUGUUAUGCACCUAGCAUGAUCACCACCAAUGGAGUUUGGCAAGGCGAUAACCCUCUCGAUUUCUCGCUACCGCUCUUCGUUCUUCAGCUUACCUUGGUUGUCGUCGUCACUCGUUUCUUCGUCUUUAUCCUCAAGCCCUUUCGCCAACCUCGCGUUAUCUCUGAGAUCCUUGGUGGAAUUGUGCUAGGGCCAUCAGUGUUUGGGCGCUCACAAAAAUUUGCACACACCAUCUUCCCUCAAAGAAGUGUGAUGGUACUUGAAACAAUGGCUAAUGUUGGUUUACUCUACUUCCUUUUCCUGGUGGGUGUAGAGAUGGAUAUCAUGGUGGUUCGCAAGACGGGAAAGCGAGCUUUAACUAUCGCUAUUGGUGGUAUGGUCUUACCAUUCCUCAUUGGUGCUGCCUUUUCUUUCUCUAUGCACCGAUCAGAAGAUCACUUGGGGCAAGGAACCUAUAUACUUUUCCUUGGUGUUGCACUCUCCGUUACUGCAUUCCCGGUACUUGCGAGGAUUCUCGCUGAGCUAAAGCUCAUAAAUACCGAGAUUGGACGGAUAUCAAUGUCUGCAGCCUUGGUUAAUGACAUGUUUGCUUGGAUUCUUCUUGCCUUAGCCAUUGCAUUGGCUGAGAGUGACAAAACUUCAUUUGCUUCCCUUUGGGUCAUGAUCUCUAGUGCAGGUUUCAUCGCCAUUUGCGUCUUUGUUGUUAGACCAGGCAUCACUUGGAUCAUACGAAAAACCCCUGAAGGAGAGAACUUUAGUGAGUUCUAUAUAUGCCUCAUCUUGACAGGAGUUAUGAUCUCUGGUUUUAUUACUGAUGCAAUUGGAACACAUUCAGUCUUUGGAGCCUUUGUCUUCGGCCUUGUGAUUCCCAAUGGGCCUCUUGGUCUAACCCUCAUUGAGAAACUUGAAGAUUUUGUUUCUGGCCUUCUUUUACCUCUUUUCUUUGCUAUAAGUGGUCUCAAGACUAAUAUAGCUUCCAUCCAAGGUCCUGCCACUUGGGCCACUCUUUUCUUUGUUAUCUUUCUAGCUUGUGCUGGAAAAGUCAUCGGUACGGUUAUCGUUGCGUUUUUCCAUGGAAUGCCAGUUCGUGAAGGGAUCACUCUUGGCCUACUCUUGAACACCAAAGGUCUUGUUGAAAUGAUUGUGCUCAAUGUUGGAAAAGACCAAAAGGUUUUGGAUGAUGAGACAUUUGCAACCAUGGUACUAGUGGCCUUGGUUAUGACUGGAGUCAUCACUCCUAUUGUAACUGUCCUUUAUAGGCCAGUGAAGAAAUCUGUUUCAUACAAAAGACGAACAGUCCAACAGACGAAGCCAGACAGCGAGUUUCGAGUAUUGGUUUGCGUCCACACACCGCGUAAUGUUCCUACUAUAAUCAACCUUCUUGAAGCUUCACAUCCUACAAAGAGAUCUCCUAUAUGCAUCUACGUUCUCCACCUUGUUGAGCUCACGGGACGAGCAUCCGCAAUGCUAAUUGUCCAUAACACUCGUAAAUCAGGACGACCGGCACUUAACAGAACACAAGCUCAAUCAGAUCACAUCAUCAACGCCUUCGAAAACUACGAACAACAUGCUGCCUUUGUUGCUGUUCAACCUUUAACAGCUAUUUCCCCUUACUCAACAAUGCAUGAAGAUGUUUGUAGCUUAGCAGAAGACAAACGUGUCUCCUUCAUAAUCAUACCAUUUCACAAACAACAAACAGUUGAUGGAGGGAUGGAAGCUACCAACCCGGCCUACCGUUUAGUCAACCAAAACUUACUCGAAAACUCGCCUUGUUCCGUUGGAAUACUCGUAGACAGAGGACUCAAUGGAGCCACAAGACUUAACACAAACACUGUCUCACUCCAAGUUGCUGUUCUGUUUUUCGGCGGUCCAGACGACAGAGAAGCCUUAGCCUAUGCAUGGAGAAUGGCUCAACAUCCAGGGAUCUCUUUAACCGUUUUACGUUUCAUCCAUGACCAAGAUGAACUAGAAACAGCUUCAAUGCGCGCGACCAAUGACACUGACCUAAAGAUACCAAAGAUGAACAUGGACCAUAAAAAGCAAAGACAGUUUGAUGAUGAGUACAUCAAUGCAUUCAGGACAUCAAAUGCAGAUUUUGAAUCAGUUGUAUAUAUAGAAAAACUAGUGGCCAAUGGUGAAGAGACCGUUGCAGCAGUGAGAUCAAUGGACAGUUCUCAUGAUCUGUUUAUAGUUGGAAGAGGAGAAGGUAUGUCAUCUCCUCUCUUAGCUGGUUUAACUGAUUGGAGUGAGUGUCCUGAGCUUGGUGCCAUUGGAGAUUUGCUUGCUUCAUCAGACUUUGCAGCCACUGUGUCAGUUCUUGUGGUUCAACAGUAUGUUGGGUCAUGGACACAAGAAGAUGACAUGGAUUUGCCUGAGAGUCCUAUAAACUCACAUGAAACAAAGUCCACUUAUGUUUUAGAGAACCCACGUUGA